GCAGUCUCUACAUUACAUCUGUGCUGUCGGUAGUCUGUACACUGUACAUUAAUAAUUAAGUAUGUUGGUAUAACCGCAAUUGCAAAAAAAAAAAAAAAUAGUGCAAUAAAAUACUGACUGCAAGUACAAGAAGUAGAAGUGGAAAAAGAAGGGGAUGCACUGUUGGAUUGAUGCUGAAUUUGAUAAAGUUUUACUGCUUUGAAAUUAAAUUGCAGAAAGUUUCUUCUUGGCUAUGGCUGACAAAGAGCAGGUUAUUCAAGCAUUGAGAGCUACCUUGAUAUCAGUAAAAGGAGCUUUGACAAUCAAGCAAUGUAACCGUGACUAUCGAGAGUUGCAAGGAGAAUGGAUACCUUUCAAAAAACUUGGUUAUCCAUCAUUGGAUAAGCUUUUUAUUGAUGUUCCUGGUUUUAAAGUGACUCAAAUAAAUGGUGAAUGGUAUGUUGAUGCAAUAGCUAGCCAAGAGACACAACAUAUAGCUACUAUGGUGGCACGACAAAAGUCAAGUAAAAAGGCUACACCAAAAUUGAGCUAUCCAAAUCGAUUCCCAAAAAAACAAGGGUCAUGGCGAAAACCAGCUUCUAGCUAUACGGCAAACUACAAUAAUCAGUACUCCAACCAAUAUUAUAGAGCAAAGACCAGUGCCCCAUUUAACAAUAAUAACCAAUAUCAUAAGAUUAAUAAUAAAUAUCAUUCAAAGUCGAACGAAACGAAACUAUUGUCGAAUGUGAAACAAACAUCGAAGUCAUUAAAUGACCAUGUAGAUAAAUUACCGAAAAGCUCCAAUACAUCGUCACAAAGUUUAAGGGAAGCGAACAACGCACACGCUGAAGAGGUGAAGCAAUCUGCACGCUCUAACAAUGAAAUUGAUGGAAAACAUAGCGGAAAAGUCUCAGCGUCGCAACGAUUGUCCAAUUUAAGAGAUCGUCUUAAUACCGUGGAUCUUAUACCGUUGCAGUUGCCAGCUGCAAAUAAUGAAUGUUUGGAAACCAGUGGUCCUGUCACGAAUGUUGUGCCGGCUCACAACUUGGAGCCUCCACCUGAUUCCACAUCGUCGGUAGAAAAAUUAGAGUGGACUUGUAAAAAGCUUGGACUUCCAGAACCUGUGUACAAGAUGCAUGAGAUACGACCUAAACGAGGGCCUCCCAGUUACGACUGCACCGUGAAAGUAGCAUCGUAUUGCAUUUGCUCGUAUCCUGACUCAUCCCCAUCUGAAGAAUUAGCUAAAGAAGUAGGAGCUGUGAAAUUACUUUCGGUUAUAGAAAGUUCUGAAGCUGGCGGAAUGCCCACUUCUUCAAGCAGCAAUGCUAUUGUAUGUCUCACAGAAUUGAUCUCUGAACAUGAAGCUGGACUCUGGGCGAAUACAGUACCGCAUCUUUAUAGAGAAAAAUAUCAUGAAAAUUUGCCAAGUAACUGGCUAGAAUUAGUGGAAAACUGUCCAAAAAUAAUUAAGGACAGAGUUGUGAACGGCCUUUUAGUACUUCUUCCCAAUAAUGAGCAGGAAGUAUCGACGCCGUUAGAAACUACUACCGUAUUAGACGAUUCCAUGGACAGUGAUUUGCCACCGUUACAAUUCCCUGAUGACAAUUUUUGGAAUGUAUUCGUAACUGUUGCUAAUUCGACUCUUGAAAUUUGGCUGCGAAUCAUUGGAACGCAAUAUAGUGAUGCCUUCGAAACUCUAUUAUCUGAUAUGUCUAAAUAUUAUGACCAUUCUGGAUCACCCGUGGAUAAAUCAAUGAUAAUUAAAAACGCUUGGUAUGCUGUAAAUUUAGAUGAUGGCGGCUGGCAACGUGCUAAAAUAUUAGAGAUAGAAGAAGACACGGCGACGGUUUUUCUUGGUGAUCACGGCGAUGAUGAUGUAGUGUAUAUUAAUAAGAUAAAAAUAUUAGAGCCGCAAUUUAGAAAACUUCCAGCACAGGCGAUCCUGUGCCGGCUGGAGGGCGCGGAGGAGCUGGCGGCGAGCGCGCUGGGCGCGGAGCUGGUGCGGCGCCGGCUGCCGGGCGAGGUGCUGGUGGCGGCGCCGGGCCCGCGCCACGACCCCGCCGACCCCUCCGUGGCCGUCGUGCUCUACGACACCUCCACGCAGCGCGACCUCAACCUCAACAAGGAGAUCGUGCACGACUUCUGCAUCGCGGCUGCCUUCACUAUUACGCAGAAACCGUGCGAGGUGGAGGUGGGGUGCGUGACGGAGGAGGGGCGCGUGUGGGUGUCGCGCGCGGGCGGCGCGGCGCUGGUGCGCGGCGCGCUGGCGCUGCUGACGGCCGGGCCCUACCGCCGCCCGCUGCCCGCCGCGCCGCAGGCGCCCGCGCCCAACGCCGGCACGCUCUACAUCGUGCGCACGCUCGCCGGAGACUGGGUUCGCUGCACGAUUAUAAGCGGAUUGGAUGGCGAAGGCACUGUCAGGACACAACUCGUCGAUAGCGGUCUUAUUUUAAGAGCGCCCUUGUCAUCCUUGGUGCCGCUACAGUCGUUUUCACCAGCUCUUAAUGCCUUUCCAUAUCAGGCAGUGGCGGUGCGGCUGGGCCCGGCGGAGCGCGCGGCGGGCGCCAUGGUGGCGCGGCUGCGCGAGCUGCUGCUGCACAGCAGCGUGCUGUGCCGCGCGCAGCCGCCCGCGCCCGGCGCCGCGCCCGCCGCGCCGCACGUCGAGCUCUUCGUGCGCACGGGCCCGCAGAACAUCCUCGCCUCCGUCAACAACGCCAUACUCAUGGAGUACGACUAUCUGCAGCAUGGCAGGCUUAAGGAAGAUGAAAAAGACACCACGAACCACGUAGAGGCGUUGCACAAGAAAAAGGAACGGAUUUUUAGAAGUCUCUCUAUGCAAGGCGAGGAGCGACCCACGAGCGGCGCAGUGUUGCCUGCGCCGCCGCUUCCAGCUCCCGGCAAGUGCUUCGACGUGUAUAUUGCAAUGGCUGCUAAUCCUUGGAACUUUGUGGUCCAGCCAAACAGUACUAGACAUACUCUGCAAACAAUGAUGUCGACACUACAAACAGAAUGUCCCAAACUGUCUGAGAAGGAUGCUCCAGUAAAUCCAGCUAGUGGAGAACUCUAUACUGUAUAUUACGAAAAAGAUUCAUCUUGGUAUAGAGUGACUGUUGCGGGGACUGUCUCGUCGGAGAUGGUUACUGUCUACUUUUGUGACUACGGAGAUUUGGCGUUAUUCGCUACUAAAGCAUUGCGACCUAUACCAUCGGCAGCGCCGUUAGCGCGGUCUUUACCACCUCAAGCUAUAAAAGCUCGACUAUAUGAUGUUUUUCCUUUACACCAAGACUGGACGGUAGAAGACUGCAUUAGGUUUCAGGAAUUAUGCGUAGAACAGCAGUUUGUAGGCAUUUGCAAAGACGUUGGAAAAGAUCCUCUUAAUCCAAACGAGCCCUUAUUGACACUUGAUCUUAUUGACACAUCUACUGACGAAGACAUAUAUUUAAAUAAACAAUUGGUUGCUGAAGGCAGAGCGCGGCUCGCAUCAACUCCCUAAGCGAUAUUAUAUAAUUUCAAGCUGUUAAGUUUGCUUUAAUACAAGGUAUAACAGAUUACUCUUAGAAUUAUUAUUCUCUGUAUUAAUUUUGUUAUGAGAGAGGACACAGACUGAGUCACGAAACAAAAUGUACCCUCUCACGUAUGGCAUUUUUGGAUCGUCAACUAUAAUAUAUAAAAAACUAUUAACCACGCUCGGAAAAGAGUGAUUUUCGUACGUUGACCUAGGCAUAACUGUAAAUGGUAAUAAAAAUAGUUACGUGGGCGUAUGUGCAGGUCCAUUUCGUACGAAAUUCUCUCUUUUCAGCGCGCAUGGUAUAGUUGUCUCGCGCAGUUUUAUCGGUAGUUGCUUACUUAUUUAUCCGAAAAAAGCCAAGGUUCCUUCACAAAUAGAUUUCCUGGAUAUAUACUGAAAUAUAACUUUGAAGUAGAACUAGUAGUAGCUUGUUUAGUCAAAUAAAUUAAAUUAUUCAGCUUUAUUUUAUUGGAUUGCUUAGAAGUAUUUGUGGAUUUAUGGAUAACAUGUAUUCUAUUAUUGCAGCAUUGAUGCAAUUUAAUUAAAUGAAUCAAGUUAUUCAUAAAUUGGCAGUAUACUUGCAUAUACGCCUGGGAAUUUGUUCCCACAACUCCAGUGAACAUGUAAAUGAAAUGUGAACUGCCUGCAAAAAAAGUAUCGGUAGCCAAAA